GGUCAGCGUCGCUGUGGUCCCCGCGGCCGCAGAGUCCCUGUGUCGCACCGCGUGACCUGGCCCCCAUUUGCGCGCUCGCCCCUUUCGCCGGCGCAGUCACCGCGCGGGGCGGCCUCCCGUGAGGUAGCUACAACGAUAAAGCUCCGGAACAGCGGCGCCCCCGGCUACAACUGGGCUGGCGACCCCGUGCUCUACCUUGAGGAGCGAGCGGCGCAGGCGACCUCCGGCCCGGCCCCUCACCAGCCUCCUUGCAGGCACGACAUGAUCCUGGUCUGACCUCCGCGGGAUGCUCGUUGAGCCCCUUCUCCGGCUGUUACCUCGGGGGAACGGUUGUGGCCGCACCGACACUUAUUUUCAAAAUAAAUCACUAUUUAUUCUUGCGGCGGCGGGGCCGAACACGCUUCUUUAUUUUUAAUUUUCUCAACAAGCUUUGACCCAGCACUUAUCUAUCCCGCGAAACAACUUGGUAACCAUUUCAAGAUUGGGAAAUCGCCCGGUUGGGAAAUCUCGGACUGAGCCGCUUGUGGAAGCCCGCCUUUGCAUCCUUCCUCCUCAAAUGCUUUGAAGAUUGUUGCGUCUUCCAGUAACUGCCGGUGCGCACAGAACCCCAUUCAAGGAACGUCUUGAUCCAGCAAUGCAAAGAACUGACGUUUCAAGGUUUUAUUUCUAUUCCUAGACGACCGAGAUUUCCCCAACAACUCGGAACCGCUCAGUGUUCAGCUCAAGUGGAUCCCCUAGUGCACGCCCUUCUCUAUCCUCCUCCAGCCUGUCCAAGUGUUUUUGUUGAGUAAGAAGCCGUCCAAUGUCAUUGCUUCUGCAGCUGGAAGAGCCUGUAUUGUCCUCAUAACAGUAGAGAAGAAAUCAAGAUAGAAACAGGAAGCAGCGAAUGAAGACUAUAAAAGAAAAGAAGGAAUGUCAAAGAUUAAGAAAAUCUGCCAAGACAAGGAGGGUAACCCAGAGGAAGCCAUCUUCAGGGCCUGUAUGCCGGCUAUGCCUUCGAGAACCUGGGGACCCUGAUAAAUUAGGGGAAUUUCUUCAGAAAGACAAUCUCAGCGUGCACUAUUUCUGUCUUAUCCUAUCUAGCAAGCUGCCUCAGAGGGGCCAGUCCAACAGAGGUUUCCAUGGAUUCCUGCCUGAAGACAUCAAAAAGGAGGCAGCCCGGGCUUCUAGGAAGAUCUGCUUUGUGUGCAAGAAAAAGGGAGCUGCCAUCAAGUGCCAAAAGGAUCAGUGCAUCAGAAACUUCCAUCUUCCUUGUGGCCAAGAAAGGGGUUGCCUUUCACAAUUUUUUGGAGAGUACAAAUCAUUUUGUGAAAAACAUCGCCCAACACAGGACAUCCAACAGGGGAAUGUGGGGGAGGAAAGCUGCGUCUUGUGUUGUGAAGAGUUAUCCCAAGCAAGUGUUGAAAACAUCCAGAGCCCAUGCUGUAGUCAAACUGUCUACCACCGCACGUGCAUACAGAAAUAUGCCCACACAUCAGCAAAGCAUUUCUUCAAAUGUCCACAUUGUAACAAUCGAGAAGAGUUUCCUCAAGAAAUGCUAAGAAUGGGGAUUCAUAUUCCAGACAGAGACGCUGCCUGGGAGCUCGAGCCAGGGGCUUUCUCAGAGUUGUAUCAGCGCUAUCAGCAUUGUGAUGCCCCCAUCUGUCUGCGUGAACAAGGCAGAGACAGCUUUGAGGACGAAGGGAGGUGGAGUCUCAUUCUGUGUGCCACAUGCGGAUCCCAUGGAACCCACAGGGACUGCUCCUUUCUGAGAUCCAACAACAAGAAAUGGGAGUGUGAGGAGUGUGCACCUUCGCCUGGAGCCACAGGACCCCAUCCAGGAUACCACAUUGCGUUGAGUCACCAUGUCUCCUUAGGUUCCUCUUGGCUGUGACAGUUUGUCAGAUUUUCCUUGGUUUUGAUGACGUUGGCAGUUUUGAGGAGUACUGGUCAGGUAUUUUGUAGAAUGCCUCUCAAUUUGAAUUUGUCUGAUGUUUUUCUUAUGAUUAGACUAGGGUUAUGGGUUUGGGGGAGGAAGACCACACAAGUUAAGUGCCUUUUUCAUCAUAUGUCAAAGUCACAUCUAUUAGCAUCACUUGUCACUUUGAUGUUGAUCUUGAUCAUCUGGCCAAAGUAGUGUUUGUCAGGGUUCUCCACUGUGAAGUUACUCCUUUUCCCCCAUUCCAUACUCUACCUCUUGGAAGGAAGUUACUCUGUGUCGCCCACAAUGAAUGGGGGGGGACUCAUGCCCCCUCCUUCCUUGAGGACAGAGUAUCUACAUAAACUAUUUGAAUUUCUUCUGCAUAGGAAAUUUACCUAUUCUCUCUCUGUUGUUUAUUUAUUCAAUCAUUUGUUUAUAUCAGUAUGGACUCAUGGAUAUGUAUAGUGUACUUUGGGUGACAAUCCAGUACUACAUUAUUUAUUUUGUUGUUCAAAUCGUUCUAGCUUUGGCCAUUGGGAACUCCUGUGUCCUUUGCACACAUCCUCAUUAUUGUGUGUUUUGCUUUUUUUGAAUACUUUGUUACUUUCUGGCACUACAAUAUGCUCCAGGCUCAUCUUAUAUAUUUUAAAUACCUGUUUUCAUAAAUGACGUGUCUAUUAGAAUUAAUUACUGUUUUGUAGCUUGGGACCUAGAACAAAUGAUUCAGUUGGAGAGGGUAGAACUGGAUGUCAAUAAAA